UUACAUUGAUGUGUACAUGAGAACUCACAAAAGAAUCAUAAAUUUUCUUAAUUGAAAAAAAAAAGAAGUAUUUAUUGCAAUUUUUUGCAUGAUGAAGAACUGCAAAAUGAUCAUGAACAAACACAUGCCUGUAAUUGCCAUGAUAUUCACACAGUUCAUAUAUGCAGCCAUGUUUUUGCUUUCCAAAGCGGCUAUUUCUUCUGGAAUGAAACCUUCUGUUUUUGUCGCCUAUCGACAGGCCUUGGCUGCACUUGUCCUAGCUCCCUUUGCUUAUUAUGUCGACAGGACAAGGUCGCAUCAUCGCCUGAGCAUCUAUUUACUGAUCAAGAUUUUCAUUGUUUGCUCCUUUGGGAUGACCCUGUCACUGAACUUACAUUAUGCUGCCUUAAACUACAUCUCUGCAAAUUUUGCUACGGCUAUCACGAACAUGACUCCUGCUUGGGUUUUCAUUAUAGCAGUUUUGUCGAGGACCCUUCACGAGGUUUAUUUGAGCAUGAUUGAAAACCUAGAAAUAAGAGAGAAACAUGGAUGGGCCAAAAUAUUGGGCUCAGUACUCAGCAUCUCAGGAGCUAUGGUCUUCACAUUCUACAAGGGGCCACACUUAUACUAUGGAUCCAAUAACAAGGCUCAUAAUCCAAUUGCAAAGAGCUACUCAAAAGAAGAAUGGAUCAAAGGAUCCCUUCUCUUGAUUGGAGGAAACUUGACAUGGUCCAUUUGGCUUGUCAUGCAGGCUCCAAUUUUGAAAGAAUAUCCAGCAAAAUUGAGGCUUACAACGUUACAGUGUGGCCUCAGUUUCUUAGUGUCAGCAGUGUAUGGUGCAAUUAAGGAAAGAGAUAUAUCAUCUUGGAAGCUUGGUUGGAAUAUAAACCUCUUGUCCGUGGGCAUUGUUGCAUCCGCCAUAAACUAUUCAAUGCAAGUUUGGGUUGUGGAUAAAAAAGGUCCAGUAUUCACUGCAAUAUUCAGCCCAUUAGCACUCGUGUUGACGGCCCUCUUAUCAGCUAUUCUUUUUCAUGAAUCACUCUACUGGGGAAGUGUGUUGGGAGGUGCAAUGCUAGUGGCUGGGCUUUAUGCUUUCUUAUGGGGUAAGAACAGAGAGGCCCAACUUGGAGCCCAGAAACAGAUGAAUCCAUCAAAAAAGGAGGAAGCUCAUUUGGAGUCCAUAAUUACCUCCAAACCAACCAAUGAUAGUGGUUCUUCACAAAGCCCGGAUAAUUGACUGAUCUCUACUGCAAAGCCCAAAAUCCAUUUGGUUGAAGAGCUUACAAUGCUCGUUCAUUAUACCUUCUGAAUUUUCUUUCUCUCCAAACGUGUAAUAAAUGGGGAACUGCUAUUCUAUUGAAGGUUGAAUUUCUUUUCACAAGCAGAGAAGAAAGUUGUUCUACUAA